AUGCAAAUUGAUCAACGUCCAACUCUACAACAAAUUCAGUUUCAAGUUCCUAAUGUAAAAAUAUAUAUUCAUCUAUGCGUCCGUGUAUGGGAUUCUUGCGGAUUACCACUUAAGCUACAACAAUGUAAUUGGAUUACAGUAUCAUCUAGAUAA